AUGAAAAACAUUGCAGGUAAGGUUACCGCUCUUGUGGGAAGAAGCGGAUCGGGAAAGUCUACAGUCAUUGCGCUCCUAGAGCGAUUUUAUCAUCCAACCGCAGGUGAAAUCACUCUGGAUGGUGUAUGCAUCAGAAGUCUUGACUUAAACUGGUGGAGGUGCCGGAUUGGACUGGUAAGCCAGGAGCCGACGCUGUUAUCCUCUUCCAUCAGGCAAAACAUUCUAUAUGGAAACGAGAGAGCCAGUAUGGCAGACAUUAUUGCUGCUGCGAAGCUAGCCGAUGCACACGACUUCAUCCAAAGACUACCUAAUGGAUACGACACGCAGGUAUGUUGUGAUCGACAUCCACCUAACAUGCAAGGCAAGACGUUUUGCAGGUUGGUGAACUGGGUACGCAAAUCUCAGGGGGUCAGAAACAGCGUAUUGCAAUCGCAAGAGCCAUCGUGAGGAAACCACGCAUCAUGCUGCUAGACGAAGCUACGAGCGCACUCGACAACGAGUCCGAGAGAGUUGUCCAGGAAGCUCUAGACAACGCAUGCAAGGACGUCACAACAGUAACAAUCUCGCACAGGCUCAAGUCAAUCCAAAAUGCACACUACGUCGCUGUCAUGGAUGGUGGGAAGGUGCUCGAGGCAGGACGACAGCAGCAAUUGCUUUCGAGAAGGGAUGGGAUCUACGCAGGCAUAGUAAAAAACGUGAACAGGAGCGAUACAGACCUUGGCGUGCUGUAUAACGGGU